CCACACCAUUUUGGCAAGUACAGAAAAAAGUUUCAGUUAGAGUUGAAACACAAACUGUCUCGCGUUGGGCUGUCCUGCCAAAGAAAGCAGCACUAAAUACGUGGCAGAUGGGCUGCCAACCAGUGUCAUGACCAAGUUUCAUGGGUUCCUGGACGCUCAGCCAGUGGUCGUCUCCGAAGGGCCGCCUGGCUCUUGGAAACAGAAGCCAGUUUCCCGCCAUCUGCUGUCCGUGGAGGCUGUGCCCUCGCAGCUGCUGCCCUCUGGGUUCCAGCUGAGGAAGGGGCAAGUGAGUCUCAGGUUCGUUUUUUGCUCGGGCUGCCGCUCUGCGGCCUUGGGGCGGGGGCUUCUGCGGCGCCAGCUCCAAAGGCGGAUCCAGGAGGGAGGGACCUCCUCGGAGAAGCGGGGCGCGGUCCCAACUACGCAGAGGCUCACAGGCCGACCCUCCUCUCCUCACGCCACACCCAUCUGCGUCCGGGUCCACACAUUCACCCUACAGACGCACGCCAACCCCACCCAGAUGCAAAGCAGGUUUUCCAAAGAACAUCUUUGCGUUUUCUUACCAGCUUCCCAGAAUCGAACUACGGAGGAAGAAGCAGUUGAGAAACACAACUUCUUUCCAUUGUGCUGCCCGUUUCUGCCGACUUGUUCUGAGGCCGAGGAGCCUGUGUUGGAAGAGAUGGUGAUGGGCCUGCACAUUUUGUUGUUUGUCUUCAUUCUGGGUCUGGGUCUGACCCCACCGACUCUGGCUCAAAAUGACAUCAGGUACAUCAAGUUCCUGAACCAGCACUAUGAUCCCAAAACAAAGAACGGGAAUGACAAAUACUGUGAAAAAAUGAUGAGGUUAAGGGACAUGAUAUCACCCUGCAAAGGAAUCAACACCUUUAUUCAUGGCAACAAGGCCAGCAUCAAGGCCAUCUGUGGAAAUCAGAAUGGAGAGCCUUACAACGGAAACCAAAGAAGAAGCAGGUCUGCUUUCCAGGUCACCAUUUGCAAGCAUAUAGGAGAGUCCCCCCGGCCUCCAUGCCGGUACCGAGCCACAGCGGGGUUCAGAAACAUUGUUAUUGCCUGUGAAAAUGGCUUACCUGUCCACUUAGAUGAGUCCAUUUUCCGUCCGUAACCAGUGGGCCACUGGUCCAGUACUGGCUCUACUGUCCUUGCCUUACAUUUCUCCUCUGCACCCCAUAACAGGGGUGGCAACAUUCGCUGCCAAGGGCCCAAAGAAAGAGCCACCUUGACCUUUUGUUUUCUGUUUGACAACAUGUUUAAUAAAUAAAAAUGUCUCUGAAAUCAAUAA